AGGUGCUGCCGAACCCGCCCACAAAGCGUACAAAUCAAUGGACAUAAAGUACGUGAUGCACGACACUCUCUCCUACCUGGUGCAGCCGGCCUUGCUGAGCUGUGCUAAUUAUAAACUGGCACGCUCCACCAAUCAGGACACAGUGACUAUUUAUAGACACAACACAGUGGAAGUGCCCGAGAUGGUUGUGAAGGCGUUCAAACACUCCACGUUUUCCAAGAUUGAAGAGUUCAUCCGCUUCAGAGCCCGCCUCGACUCACUUCUGAAACGCCAAGUGGCGACAGACGAUGUGUGGGUUGCAUUCAUGUCCGCAGGUUCUUCAGCUUUGGCCCUGGAGGCACUGCGAGAAGCACCAACGCUAGUAUCAGACAAAGCCACCAUCGAGGCCCUGGCAGACAACCGCGACUUCACUGUGCUGCAGUCGCCCACCAACAACCCCGACACCACCAUAUCUACGCUCACAGAAGCACACGAGACGAACACACGCGUACACCUCAGGCUCCACGCACGCGUCUCGGCACUCCAGCUAAAGCUCGCACACGCUCUACUUGUGGACACAGACGCAAGUACCAGUACAAGUACAAGUACGGGUACAGGUACAGAUACGCAAGGGAGAGAUCAGGCACAGACAAUUAAAGAGGAAUUGAAAACGUGCCUGGAAGAAAUUAGAAACCUGCCGUCCCCCCACAGUGCGGUUGGACCGGUGGUGGGGCCUUCGGUGUCACCAGUGCUGUCGUGCGAGGCUGCACUCAAGUGCUUGGUGGCUUUCGCACACCCAUCACUGCACUUGAGUACCAUCCGCGUUUCGGCCGCUACAGAUACCGAACUUCCAGAGGCAUUCGCUCAGGCCUCAGACCUGUACCGUGAAGCGUAUCUGCAAAGUGGACUAAACACCGCUGACACCAUCGUGCCAACUGAGGCAUUCUUCACAAAGUUACACCACUUUACAGCCUUGACGCUUGUGGUGUGUCUUUAUCUGGAGAAGCUGCUCACACCAUUUAAUAACCGAAAAGUCAAGAAGGGCCUGCUGCCCCCG